GAUUCCGAGCGGAGCUGGUUGAGCCCUCAAAGUGCCUCACCGAGCGCGCUGGCUUUGGGGGGGUCUCCAUCGGUGGUGUCACUGCGACCAGCGGAGCCGGCGACAGCGAGCGACUCCCGCCAGCCACGGACAUGGACAUGAAGAAAAGGAUCCACUUAGAGCUGCGGAACAGGACGCCCUCAGAUGUUAAAGAACUGGUUCUUGACAACUGCAGGUCAAACGAAGGCAAAAUCGAAGGCCUGACAGAUGAGUUUGAAGAGCUGGAAUUAUUAAGUACAAUCAAUGUAGGCUUAACCUCAGUUGCAAACUUACCAAAGUUAAACAAACUGAAGAAGCUCGAGCUGAGCGACAACAGAGUCUCAGGAGGCCUGGAAGUGUUGGCAGAAAAGUGUCCGAACCUCACGCAUCUAAAUCUAAGCGGCAACAAAAUCAAAGAUCUUGGGACAAUAGAGCCUCUGAAGAAGUUAGAAAACCUGAAGAGCCUAGACCUUUUCAACUGCGAGGUAACCAACUUGAACGAUUACAGAGAAAACGUCUUCAAGCUCCUCCCGCAACUCACAUACCUCGACGGCUACGAUCGGGACGACAAAGAAGCACCAGACUCUGAUGUAGAGGCCUACUUGAAGGGCUUAGAUGACGAGGAGGAUGAUGAGGAUGUCUUGCCUCUAGUGAAAGAUCGGGACGACAAAGAAGCGCCGGACUCUGACACUGAGGGCUACGUGGAGGGCUACGUGGAGGGCUUGGAUGAUGAGGAGGAAGAUGAAGAUGAAGAGGAGUAUGAUGAUGAUGCUCAGGUAGUAGACGACGAAGAAGAUGAGGAGGAAGAGGAGGAAGGAGAAGAGGAGGAUGUGAGUGGAGAAGAGGAGGAGGAUGAAGAAGGCUACAACGAUGGUGAGGUAGAUGAUGAUGAAGAUGAAGAAGAGCCUGAUGAACAGGGAGAGAAGAGAAAACGAGAACCUGACGACGAAGGGGAUGAAGACGACUAAACUGAAUAACCUAUUUUGAAUUUUUCCUAUUGUGAUUUGACUGUUCCUACCCUGUAUUUCCCCCUUCCCUG